AUGAUGGCUGCCGACCCUCAAGCGCAAUCCAAGUUCAUUACUCGGCUGCCGUACGACAUUCGAGCAGCCAUCUACAAAGAGCUCUGGCCAUCCUGGACUCCCCGCCAGCACGUCGUCUGGCACAUCUACCCAGAAGCCGAUGAGACGAAAUCGCACCUUCACCGGGAGCCCUGCGUUUCCCGGUUCCAGCCACAUGAUGAGCUGCAAGCCGAGAUUGAGGCUCUGAGGCAAGAGAAGCAGGUCCCCUUGGGGGAACCCCUCAACGACCCCGCUUAUCGCCGACGACUUGAGAGCUGCUGGAUGAACCACUGGAAAUGCGGCGAGCGGCUUGACAAGGAGCUUGGGGAAGAAACAAACUUCUUCUACAACACGUCGAUAGGGGGAUGUUGGUGCGACAAGAAGCCCAAGCGGGAUCGAGACACCUACUUGCCAAUGCUGCUAUCAUGCAAGUUCAUCUCCGAGGACUGUCUUAGAUUUCUGUAUUCGACAACCACGUUCGUCUUUACAGACAUGCUGGCCCUGCAGUCCUUUGUCGGUCACUGUCAGCCGCCUCACGCAUCAACGCCCUACAAGCACCUCAACCCCGUAAUCCCCGAGGCCUUUCGCAAGUACGCUCUCAACUUUGAGGUGUCUCUGUUUCUGGAUUUCCAGCUGCAUCUCAUGUGCUCUGUCUUGGACGAGGAUUGGGCCGAUUACAAUGAGAUGUUCAAAUUCUUGCAAGAGGAGGAUGCACUCGAACCUGUGUGCAGCGCGGAUCCUCAUAAUCCCUUUGAUUUCCACUGGCUUCACCUGGAAAGCUUCGAGAAUCUUCGGAGCGUCAAGAUCUGGGUCGCAGGUCGCAGGGAAGGCGGGAUGUUCUCGGCAGUGCGACUUGGUAUCCCCAUUAACAAGGUUGGAGUGGAUGCUCUAACCAAGUCCCUCUCAACUGCCCAAAAGUCGAAUUUGAUCGUCCUUAGCACGCAUCUAGAUGACGAUAUAGAGCCAGAAGAUGGAUAUGUUCAAGGGACUGCGGAUAAUUCAGGUGCUCAAAUCUGGAGGCGAGGGGCUGGCGACCGGUUCCAUCCUGGGCCUCGUUUGACCGUGGCUCUCUCCGAUGGUCCGAUAGAGACAUCAGAAAUAAGAGUACUUCACCUUGACUAG